AUGUCAAGCGCCCUGAACGAUGAGGGGUUCACCUCCUUCGGAUUCCUCGACGAUACACAGGACGCUCAGGAAUCGUCUUUUGCCCUCGGCGGCCUUUUCAAUCGCGUCAAGUCAGCUUUCGCAGGCGGUGUCGCUGCCGACACUGACUCUUCACACGCAGGCGCCAAUGACGACACACACACAUCAUCAGCCUCCCGGCACAGCUCAAGGUCUUCUUCUGCCCGAUUCGACGUCCCUCAGACUUAUCCAUCACCCGCCUUCGCCUCGUCACAGCACACACCAUCACUGUCCAACCAUUCAUCUUCAUACGCAGGCGUGGGGCCAAGUCGGCUCGCCUCCAUGCCGCAGUACAGAAAAGCUUCCAUGGCACGUCCAUCACGAGGCUUAAGCAACAUCGAAGAGUAUCCCGAGAGCUAUCAGGCCGUACAGCGUGCCAUCUCUCCUCUCAGCCAGAGCGGCGCACAAGCUGGUCCUUCGAGGUCUCGCGACGAUACUUCGAGGACAGGUCGAGCUCUCGACGCCUCGGGAGCUCACCCAGCCCGCUCCGUCCCCGGCGGCGGCAUCCAGCCGUCUCACAGCUCCUCGUCAAUCUCCACCAACCGCUCGAUAUCGGGUACCACGAGCAGAGCCAGGUCUUCCUCUUCACGUGCGCCGCCUCUCAAGCUCCGUACCGCAGCUCCUGCACCCGCCAUCACCUUCACGUCUCCCGCUACAGCCGUUCACGCUGGCUCUCACAUCGCCAGCGUUGCCGGUAGCUACACCGACGACCGCGAGUCUGUCAUCGCCGACGAUGGCGACAUGGACCCCGACUCGUCGCGCGACACCCUAUAUCUGCUCCGCAGCGGAUUCGACGGCGGUAUCGACCGCUCGCAUCUAGCCAAACACGGCUGGUCCGCUAUCCCCGGUUUCCCCCUUCCCAAAGACAUCCUUGCCGACGAUGCCAAAUCAAUUCUCAGCAGCUCCACUCGGCUCCACAGGACCGACACUCUCGAAGAGCAUGUCAUGAAUCGUUCGGCAGCACAGAUCGGCCUUCAGACCAGCGCAGACGCCAUCGAUCGCCGCAUGAGGGGCGAAGGCCUCAGUCGUAAGUUCUGGAUGGCCGACGAAAAUGCCAAAGAGUGCCGCGAGUGUCUCUCCGUCUUCACCCCCUUCCGCCGCAAGCAUCAUUGCCGCAUAUGCGGCCAGAUCUUCUGCGGCCGAUGCGCAGCGCACAUCAUCAAGGGCAAGCGCUUCGACUUCAAGGGUAUGAUCCGCGUCUGCAACUUUUGCAAACGCACGCUCGACGACUACGAUCGACACGAACGUCAAAAUCGGCACCAGCAGAAGCUCAAUGUACUUUCGCAACGUGCCAGCCUAAACCCGAACCGUAUACAGCCAGACAAGGACAUGAUUUCAGCACCUUUGGAGGCGCAGAUCAAGAGCCCGCAAGCACAAUUUGCCGCCAAUCAUCUGUUCGCCAGCGCCACUGCAGGCCACUCCGCAAUCAGUGCGGGCAUCCGCUCGAGUCAGUCAAUUCCCCUCGCCCUCACAGAUGUGGGCUCAGCAGCAGCAGGAAUACAUGGUGACCUGAACGGCGACGAUGCGACAGAUCGCGGACGCAAGAAGAGGGUAGAUGCAGCGCCUGUCGCACCUUUCCGUAAGGGUGCCGACGAUGAAGAGCUUGCUCCGGUACAUCCUGACCCUGAAGAGGACGACCCGCCUGCAUCGCAACUUGAUGCUACUCCGUCAACCUCUCGGCAGACGUCGGACAUCCACCCUUCAAAGCCGAUAGCGCCAUCGACAAGUUCACCAGCCACUGAGGGAAGACGAGCAUCUGACAAAGCCAAAGAGACGAUGGCGGCCGUCGCGUUUCCUUCCACCAACGGGGAUGGUCAUGAGACACCUUCGGCAAUCCAGUCCACCUCCGACUAUCCGCGUCUGCGUCUAGUCAGCGAGACGUCGCGACCCGCUGUACGGUCACGCAUGCGUUCGCUCCGCACGAUUGCAUCGCUUGACCCUUCGCAGGCUACUGCACUCAUCCGUUCCCAUUUCCACGGCAACGGUCGCACCGAGUCCACCAUUCCGCCCUUGAUGCAGCCUCAGCCGGACGAGAACGACUACGCCGCCAACGAAUACGACGAGACACCCGACAUCUACCGCGAGCUUCGCAUCUGCGCCGACGGCAUCACUCCAGCGCUCUUGGAGGCUUCCAUCACGCACCGCGCCCUCGAUCAUCUGCGAAAGAUGAUGGAACAGACGCUGCUCCAAGCUGGCAUCCACAACGUCCGUAAGUGGUGUGACGUGCUCUUGCCAUUCGUCCUUACUACCAUUUCGCGCGUCAAACCCGAUGCUCGCGAGGAUCAGAGCCGCGACAUUCGCCAGUUCGUCAAGAUCAAGCGCAUCCCCGGUGGCAAGCCCGACGAUUCCGAGUACGUAGACGGAUACGUCUGCACCAAGCACGUUGCGACCAGGCGCAUGGCUGCUUUGGUCCCACUCACCAACGCUCGCAUCAUCGUGAUACGCUUUCCACUUGACUACCACCGUGGACCAGACCAAUUCAUGUCACUCGAGCCCCUCAUGGCACAAGAGCAUGAAUUCAUCCGCAUCCUCGUCGCGCGCAUCGUCGCACUCCGGCCCCAGAUUGUCGUGGUAGAAAAAAGUGUCUCGCGUACGGCUCUCGAGUUGCUCGAGAGGGAAGGUAUCGUCGUCGUAUGGAGCGUCAAGGCCGAAGCGAUUCGAGCUAUCAGUCGAUGUACACAGGCCGACAUCAUCACCUCGAUCGAUCGACUUGCUCUCGAUCCGCGCAUCGGUCGGUGCCGCUACUUCAACGUCGAGACAUUCCAGCAUGCCUCACGGCCAGAGUGGAGGAAGAGCUUCAUGCGCUUCGAAGGCACGCCCAAGCAACUCGGCUGCACUAUCGUUCUGCGUGGAGCCGAUGGCGUCAAGCUCAGUCGCGUCAAAAAGAUCUUGACGUUGAUGAUCUUCGUUGCGUACAACUUGCGUCUCGAAGGCCACGUCAUGGCGGACGAGGGCGCGGCCAUGGAGACAAUCUAUUCGGACAGCAGCCUGCUCAACGGCUCGCGCCCUUGCGGCACUGUGGAAGCUGGAACGCUCGACAGCGCCACUGACGAGUUGAAGCGACUAAAAGAUGGCAGUUAUCUCGAUUUGAGCGAUGAGCCCUCGUGCCAGGUUGGCCGUAUCAAGGAUGACAAGUCCUUUGUGCUUCAAUCGCGUGCUCGAAUUCUGCGAGCCCUCAGUAUCUAUGAGACGACGCUCAUCACCUCGUCCGUCUGCAUCCACAUCCCAGCUCCGUACACCAUUCUGCAGCUGAAGCGCGUCAGUGACCGACUCAUGGAACUGCUUGCCAACCAAGAAGCUGACGAACUGCAGAGGAUCUUGAAGGAUGAAGGCAAGCUGCAGGACCAGCCUGCUUCUCGACCAACCUCGAUCGUGGAGCUGCCAGACGGCCACGAUGAAGAAGUGAAGGAGGACACUCCCACGCCCACAGUGCGACCACGCGCGGCAUCGCUCAAGGAAGGCGCGGCUGGCGACGACGCACUUCCCGUCGAGUCACGUUCCACCGGCGACGUUACACCCGUCUACGAGACGCCGAGCACGCGGACUCAUGACACGAUCGUUGAAGAAGGCGAGGAUAGCAGUUCAGACGCAGGUCUAUCGUCUCGCGUGGAGACGCCGCAACCAGGCCCGACUCCUGCUCUUUCGGAAGGUCAAGGCUCGCAGGCAUUCGCCGAAAAGCAGGAUGAGCCUGGCCCUGCCCCUCCCCUGCGCCGGGAAGGGAGCGAUGCUACUGUCAUAAUUGAGACUGCCAGUCCUUUUGCGAGCGGGCCAAACACGACCACGCCAACGCCCCGACCGUCGUCACCCGCUCAGACAAGGGCCAAGGAGCCGGGUCAUGCUCUGGCCUUGGCGUCUGAGCUGCGGAACAAUGUUGCAUCAGCCGACGUUUCGAUGAGCAGAUCUGUCUCUGCUCCCGUCUCGGAAGUGCCUACUCGGACCACAACACCCGGGCCCGAUUCGAACCUCACGCAUGCAAGCCAAGGCUCUACGUCGACCAUUGCUCCAAGCUCUGCAUCCUUGCUCAACACGAUCAAGCAGGAGUCUCUGCCCGUCUUCGACCUCUUUUCGCUUCUCAAAGCGCCGUCUCAGAUCGCCAAGGAGUCCGAAUUUGCAAUCACGGUUGACAGGCAUCGUGCUUCCUUGACGGAAUGGGGAGGCUACCUCGACAUCCACGCAGACGCUGUUUCGCCGUUCAACCACAAGCGCAUCCAGAUCAUUGUGACUCGCCACUGCACCCUGACGCCGCGACCCUGCGAAGGCCCGAGUCUUGCUUCGAUCGAGUUCUACGGCGAGCACGACGAAACGCUCGGCGAGCAUAUCGAGCGUCUUGCCGCUAGCAGCGCCAGCGCCAAAGGCUGUGCCACCAAAGGUUGUGGCAAGAACAACGUGCUGCACUACAAUACCUUCGUCCACAACCAGAUUCGCAUCCAGGUGGUGCUCGAACGAUUCGUAUGCCCGCUUCCGAACGAGGAGAAUCGGCUCCUCAGCUGGAGCUACUGCAAGGUGUGCGAGAACGCGACGCCUGUGGCGCUCGUCACCCCGGAGACGUGGAGCUUCAGCUUCGCAAAGUAUCUUGAGCUGUACUUCUACCGCCACGACCACUGCAAGACGCAGCUAUGCGAGCACGACUUCUACCGAGACCAGGUGCGCUACUUUGCCUAUCAGAACAUGGCGGUGCGCUUCCAUUCGGAAGAAAUUGACAAUCUCUUUGAGGUAGCCAUGCCUCACUUCAAGCUCUUCAUCAACCCGGAAGUGCAGUGCAACAUCAAGAAUGAAGAAACCGCUGCGUUCGUGCGCAAGAGCCAGGCUUAUUGGGAUAGCGUCAUGUCACGGAUCCGAGCUCUCGGUAACGAUGCCUGCUCCGACACCGCCGGCAUCAAUCGCGAGAAGAAUCGCGCCGUCAUUUCCGAGAUGAUACGAAGAUGCGAGGUCGAUCGCCGUGAGGUCGAGGCGCUGGUGGCUGAAUUGUACGAGUUCAGCCCAGCUACGGACGUGCUGUGCCUCAACCAAGCGCGACGGAUGCUGCAGGAGAAGGUAGUUAAGUGGGACAUUGACUUUAUCGAAUUCGAGAAGAACUGCAUACCGUCCGAAAAGGACAUCCGCCGCAUCACCACUACCCAUCUCAAACGGCUCUUCUCCGAGAAGGAUCCAUCCGACGCCACGCGCUCAGACACGACCUCGAGCAUCCUGCCGCCUGCUGCCGAGAUCGACGAGAGCUCGACGGAUGCGGCCGAGGGAAAACCGAAAGGUCGCGAGUCGGAGCAUUCGACUUCAGCGGGUGAAAAGGCUCUCAGCAGCAGAAGCGCGUCAACCAUGGACAUCCUCUCUUUGGCCGGUGCCGACCUCUCGGUGGUGCCGAUGCUUUCCGAUCUCGUCACUCAUACGGUCCAGACUCCGCUGAGCGAGGUGCCGCCGAGCAUCGCUCCCGCGACUGCUGCAGGUGCUCCCAAGGAGACAAGCACAGGUAACGCUGGCAAAGCUUCUGGGGCCAUGCCUCGCUCGAAGACCGCUUCCGGCCAGCUUAACAAGGUCGGUCGCGCAGACACCUCAAGAUACCGCGAUGGCAACUUCGAUGACGAGACGGAUGCCGCAGAUCUUUCGCCGGUCGAAGUACGACCCAUGAUCAGUCGACGUGCCAUGUCCAAUCCUGUCACCGCGCCGGCAUCGCCCACCUACAGCAAAUCGCGGAGCGCGUUCGAGUCGGUUGAAUUCCCUCGUGCGGACGAGAGCUCAUGCACAGAGAACGAGCUGGCACGCUCGAUACCGGGUCUCAUCAGGCGGUUUGACAAUCCCAGACGGUACACCGCGGGGACACCUCCCGUCGGAGCAGCCGCAGGCAACGGUGCGUCAGGCGGUACCGACCUUGCUCUGCUUCGUGCCGAGGACCACGGCUCGGUUCGUCGUCCAAGUUUGCGCCGCGGCAAAACUGAGGAGGUGGUAUCUGUCCGUAGCAAGGACUCGUCAAAGGCUCGGAUCUCUUCCUCCACGUACGAACAGGGCGCAGACUCGAACGCCAACUCGCCAGUGACGACCCCUGGAGUCGGCGGUCGCUCGAGUCGGCUGCCCAGAGUCAAGCGCAACGACAGCUCUACCUCGACUGCCACUAUUGGACGUCGAAGCGGGUCUGCGACGCCAAACAACGGCGCUCCUCCUCCUCCUCCGCCUUCCAGCUACCGACCACCGAAAGGCGAAGGGCUCAAAGCAGGCCCGCGACCCAUCAUUGGGAGGUCCGGUGCAUCCGCCGCGGCAGCGUUAGGUUCUGUAGCUGCGUCCAGAUCCGCAGCAAUGGUCACCUCAGGCAACCGAAGCCAGAGCGGUACAUAUCAGUCCGACGGUGGCAGCAGUCGGAACGCUGGAGCUGCGCUCGGAAGCCGCGUACCCAUUGCACGGAGGAGCGAGCACGGCCCUGGGACAAAGAGCCGUGUGUCGACGAUCGCCAAGCACUUUGAUCGCAUCAGCAAGGAGGCCGAGCGGGAACGCGAGCGACAGCAUCGUCUUUUGCUGGCGCAACGGGCGAAACGAGCCAGACCUGUGGCAAUGACGCGAGCGAGAGUAGAGGUGUUCAGCAGCGUGCGAGAAGCGGUGCGAGAUGAUGAGAGCGAGCCGGAUUCUGCUGCAGAGACAAGCAACGACGAGGGCGCAUCUGCUGCCGACGAUGAGAGCGAGGAUGACGACGACGAAGACUCGGACGAGGACCUGCCGGUGGGGCCAACAAGCUUUGAGGCCAAGCAUGGCGUGCCGGUGCCAGCUGGUCGCAGAUCGCAAGGCCAAGGGAACGGAAAGCAUCGAAAAACGAAUCCCCUCGAGCUUGAUGAGCAGCAGUCGGGACGCGCCAAUGCGAUCAAGAAAUCCGGUACAGAGCAAGCUGCUACGGAGCUCGAUCGAGACAUCACAAAAGACUCGACGGUCAAAGGCCGACCCAGUUCUUCAACAGUCGAGGCUGGCGAUGACGUUGAUCUGUCCGCAUCAGCGACUACCACGGCGUUGGCAGCUGCGACUACAUCCUCUUCGCAAGCAGACGACGCUUGCACCAUUGCGAGUGAAGCGACAGGUCGGACAGCCAAUCGAUCGCCACCGGCGCAAGCAAGCGAGCUCGAAUCGGAUGCGCAGUCGAUUGCCGCAUCAUCGGUGGCGACCACGAGCAACAACACGCAGCUGACGUUGCCUUCGUAUCUGCGCAGCGGCUUCACGUCUGAUUCCGAUUCGAUGCCGAGUCUGGAGAGGAGCUUCCUGAAGACCUUAUCGGGCUUCUGGGCCUUCCGCACAGGCGAAAUGGUGCCGUUGGAGUACCCGAUGCUCAACUCGGAGCACGUGUUCGCCGACUCGGACAUCAUCUUCCGCGAGGACGAGCCGACAUCGAUCGUCGCCUUCACGCUGAGCUCGCUGCAGUACAAGGAACGGCUCAAGGGAAUGCGGAACGAAGUACCACGCCCCAAGGAGAAAGCAGAGGCGUUGAUGCCCAGCAGUGCGAGCAUCGCUGGCUCUGUGGAUGACCGAAGCGUGGUCGACUUGGACAUCAACGAGCUAGAGAGUACGCUCAAGAAGGAAGGACGACACUUCCGCUGCGAAUUCGAGUCGGGAUCUACGCGGCUGUGGUGCAAGAUCCUGUUUGCCGAGCAAUUCGAUGCGCUACGACGGACGUGUGGUUGCGAUGUGUCGGUGGUCGAGUCGCUUUCCCGAUGCUUCAAGUGGGACUCUUCGGGCGGCAAGUCUGGCUCUGCUUUCCUCAAGACGCGGGACAAUCGAUUGGUGGUCAAGCAGCUCUCGCGUUUCGAGAUGGAUGCCUUCUCCAAGUUUGCACCGCAGUACUUUGCCUACAUGUCGCAAUGCAUAUCGCGUGGCCGUAGGACGGCGCUCGCCAAGAUUUUCGGCUGCUUCCGGAUCGGAUUCCGCAACCCGCAGACGGGCAAGAGCAUCAAGCUCGACUGCUUUGUCAUGGAAAAUCUGUUCUACGGCGUCGAGGGCAUCCGAUCGUACGAUCUCAAGGGGAGCACGCGCAACCGAUACGUGCAAGAGACGGGCAAAGAGAACGAAGUGCUGCUCGACGAGAACCUGAUCGAGACCAACCACCUCAACCCGAUCUUCAUCCGCGAACACUCGAAGAAGCUGUUGCGCGCCAGUCUGUACAACGACUCGCUGUUCUUGGCCGACAUGAACGUGAUGGACUAUUCGCUGAUGGUGGGCGUCGAUCGACAGACCAAGCAGCUGGUGGUGGGCAUCAUCGACUUUGUGAGGACGUACACGUGGGACAAGAGGGUGGAGAGUUUCGUCAAGGAAACGGCGCUUCUGGGCGGUGCGGGCAAGGGUGAGCCGACAAUCAUCACACCGCCAGAUUACAGGACGAGGUUUCUGACGUUUAUAGACAAGGCGCUGCUGUUGAUGCCUGAUCACUGGGUGGAAGAUUGGGCGCUUUGA